ACUCUGCUGUCUUCCUCUUCCACCUCUCCAUGCAUGCAGAGGAGCAGCGCCCUCAUUACUUCCCAUUACUGUCCCUCCAUUCCUCUUCUCUGUCCUCCUGACUCCUGGUCUUGAUCCUCUCUCCUGUCACCUUCACUUUGCCAAAGCGCUCGGUACAUCCCCAGUACUGCAACCGAUCCAUCGAAGCAACCAUUCUCGUGCAAUCCUCCCUCUCCGUUCGUCGGUUUGCCCCCAAGGAUCGAUCCCCGUCACGCCGGCCGCCCACCGCCACCAGCCACACCAUCGCUGGUCUCCUCUCACCAGAAUCCAAAAUUCUCAUCACACCAAACUUUCCACUCCUCACUUUUCCCCCAAGCAAAUCCAAUCUUUACAACCGCAUUGCCUCCAACAACUGCCUCCUGACCUUCCUCUCGCACCCGAUUACCCACUCAAAUCCAAUCCGCUGCGCCCAAAGUCGUGGCAUUCGCGACUGUUUCAUCCUUAACGCCCGAUUCUGCUCUAAAUCCGCCGUACGCGGUCCACUUCAGUCCAGAAAAUCCGAGCUCGAUGCUGUUUGCGCGGUGGAGCCCAAUCUUUGAAGCCUAAUUACGGUCAAGAGCACCAGGAGAUCGGGCAAUUCGCAAGAAGCUGUAGGGCGGCGCCCUGGCUUCUCGCGCUCCGCCGGGUCCCAUGUCGGACUCGGAGCUGUCCCAGAGCACGGUGGUGUUCGGGCUCCGCAUGUGGGUGCUCGUCGGCAUCGGCGUCGGCGCCGCCUUCGUGCUCCUGCUCGUCCUCAUCUCCGUCCUCUGCCUCCUCGCCUUCCGCCGCCGCCGGCGGCAGCGGCCGGCCAACGCCGCCCAGCAGCUCCCCACCACGGCCCCUCCCAAGGAUUCCGCGAAUGUCAAGGCGCCCAAGGACAUCCAAGAAGUCCCCUCCCACGUCACCGCCACCGCCGCCGCCCCGGCGAAGACGCAGCUCGCGCAGGUGCUCCAGCUCCCCACGCCACAGGUCUCCGAGCAGAUCGUGACAGGCAAGGAACGCCGCAUCACGUACCCGGAGCAGCAGCAGCACCCCAGCCACCGGAGCGAGGGGCCUUCGCCGCACGGCAGCGACGAGAGACGAGGGGGGCGAGGUGGCGCUGCGGACCACGCGCCACCGGCGGUGCCGGAGGUGUCCCACCUCGGGUGGGGCCACUGGUACACGCUCAAGGAGCUGGAGACGGCGACCGGGAUGUUCUCCGACGAGAACGUGAUCGGCGAGGGCGGGUAUGGGAUCGUGUACCAUGGAGUGCUCGAGAACGGCACGCAGGUGGCGGUCAAGAACUUGCUCAACAACAGGGGUCAGGCAGAGAAGGAAUUCAAAGUUGAGGUCGAAGCGAUUGGGCGUGUGCGACACAAGAACCUUGUGCGCCUUCUAGGAUACUGUGCUGAGGGUAAUCAGAGGAUGCUUGUUUAUGAGUAUGUCGAUAAUGGGAACUUGGAACAGUGGCUGCACGGGGACGUUGGACCCGUAAGCCCUCUUACAUGGGAGAACAGGAUGAAGAUUAUACUGGGAACAGCAAAAGGGUUGAUGUAUUUGCAUGAGGAACUUGAACCAAAAGUGGUUCACCGUGAUGUCAAGUCAAGCAACAUCCUUCUGGACAAGCACUGGAACGCUAAGCUCUCAGAUUUCGGACUCGCAAAGCUUCUUGGUUCAGAACGGAGUUAUGUUACUACACGAGUUAUGGGAACUUUCGGGUUAGCUUCUAUGCACUGCACUUUUAAGCUUUUAGCAGAGGCUGGGUCUGAUGGAUGGGUUCUAAUUUUCUUUAAUAAUUACAGGUAUGUUGCUCCAGAGUACGCGGGGACUGGAAUGUUGAAUGAAACAAGCGAUAUAUAUAGUUUUGGAAUUCUCAUUAUGGAAAUAAUAUCUGGUAGGGUACCAGUGGAUUAUAACAGGCCACCAGGAGAGGUUAAUUUAGUUGAUUGGCUUAAGACAAUGGUAAGCAGCCGAAAUUCUGAUGGCGUUGUGGACCCAAAGAUCCCCAAGAAGCCUACUUCUAGGUCAGUGAAGAAGGCUUUGCUAGUGGCAUUGCGAUGUGUAGAUCCUGAUGCUAGUAAGAGGCCAAGGAUUGGGCAUGUCAUUCACAUGCUUGAGGUCGAUGAUUUCCCGUACAGAGAGGAUCGCCGAGGCAACAGAGCACCAGGGCAAGCAAGAGCACCAGAGAAACCGGCAGUUGGAUCAGGUGACCAUGAGACCGACAGCAGUGCGAAUGGUGCCACACAAGCCGAACCCUUCAGAUGGAGAAACCCAGAUGCCUAGGUGUUGUCGCCUGUCGGAUUACUGAUUGAGGAAGUGAAAUCCUCAUGAUUUCUGAAGGAGAACAGUGCCCACUGAAAACUGGGUGCUGUACUGUCGUUUGUUCGGGUGCCCUCAUCCGUUCAGCACAUCAUCUGUACAUGUCAACAAUAUGAUUUAGCCCCUAGUAAAUUUUCCUGCUUAUAUUUAUAUAGGUAGAAGUAUCUAUGUAUGAUAAACCCGUGCCAUUUAAGUUAAAAAUGGGUUUUUGGCACCUCUGGUUAAGAAAUGGAUCAUGACUUUAGCUGAACUUGU